UAGAUUAUGGGUCAGAUAGAAGACCAUCGCUUUUAAUCUGGUAGACUUCUAUGGAUGUAUUACUUCACCGUUAUACGUUUGGCGAUUGAUAUCGGGGAUAAAGUGAAAUCUUCCCAGACUCAGGACAGAUCUGACGCUCCUCUGCGGCUUCACCUGUUUGUCAGCGGAAAUACGGCAGGAUGUUUAUUAUCAGACGCUGAAACAAUUGACGGCGCGUUUGUCGAGCCUUAAAAAAUAAAAAAGGUGUUUCCCUCUCAGGCUGUCAAACACAAGAGGACUAUAGAUGUGAAUCCUUUCUAACUGCGGGCGGCGUUUAACACAAAAAACAUCCAAAAAUGAUGUCAGGAAAGCAUUUCAAGGCGCAUGAAGUGAGCUGCUGCAUCAAGUAUUUCAUCUUCGGUUUCAACAUCAUAUUCUGGUUCCUCGGAGUGGCGUUCCUCGCCAUUGGGUUGUGGGCCUGGAGCGAAAAGGGUGUUCUCUCCAACAUCUCGUACAUCACCGACCUCGGGGGCUUUGACCCAGUCUGGCUCUUCCUGGUGGUGGGUUGUGUGAUGUUCAUCCUCGGAUUCGCUGGUUGCAUCGGAGCGCUGCGAGAAAACUCUUUCUUGCUCAAAUUUUUCUCCGUGUUCCUGGGUAUCAUCUUCUUCCUGGAGCUGACUGCAGGAGUCCUGGCUUUUGUCUUCAAAGACUGGAUCAAGGACCAGCUCAAUUUUUUCAUUAACAACAACCUUCGGGCCUACAGAGACGACAUUGAUCUGCAGAACCUGAUAGACUUCACCCAAGAAUAUUGGGAGUGUUGUGGAGCUUUCGGAGCUGACGACUGGAAUUUGAACAUCUACUUCAACUGCACCGAUUCAAACCCGAGUCGUGAGAAAUGUGGCGUGCCCUUUUCCUGCUGCACCAAAGAUCCGGCGGAGGACGUUAUCAACACUCAGUGUGGCUACGACAUCCGAGCAAAAACAGACUCUGAGCAGCGGACCUUCAUCCAUAUCAAAGGAUGCGUUCCUCAGUUUGAGAAGUGGCUUCAAGACAACCUGACGGUGGUGGCAGGCAUCUUUAUCGGGAUUGCAUUACUACAGAUCUUUGGCAUCUGUUUAGCGCAGAAUCUCGUGAGUGACAUUGAAGCUGUGAGAGAGAGCUGUUUGUUUACCUAAGACCUCUGCACCAUCUCCAAAGGCAAGAAGGAUGUACCAUGACUGCAGUUUGGACGCUCAGCAAUGAAGGGAAAUAAAUUAAUCAAAUAAUGUGUCCCGAACAAAGAGUUAUAUGUAAAUAGUAAAUGUAGAGUUAUUUUUAGAGUUAUUUGUAGCCCUUUUUUUGAAUGAAGCACAGCCUUUAACAUGUAUUGUAGUUCAGUGUUUUUAAGCCUGUGAAUGGGGUGCGGAAACGGUCCUAACUUGUAGAAUAAGUGUUUGAUUUGUUUUAUCAGAGGGAGUGCUUCAUUCAGAAAGGGCCUUGGUUUUAUAUGUCUCACAGCUGCAGUUUUUAAUACUGCUUGUAAGGGUUGUGUACAAAGAGAAAAGUGAUUCUGGACAUGCACUGCAUGCCUUUUGUCUACUGGUAGGACAUAGGCGCUCCUAAAUGUAUUUCAUUAAGUAUUUUAAAAAACGAUUUGUAAAAUAGUCCUUAGUUGAAAGUGAAUCGGCUGGUUAGCACUUUGAAUGUUUAACUGAAUUUACUCAAAGCGACGGAGAAUUAACUUUAUUUCUAUCCGUGCUCGGAUUAUACAGAUACAUGCAGUUUGUGAGGCUGAGGUGGAUGUAGUAACAUGUAGUGUCAUUAAGGAAUGAUGUUGUAGGCUUAGUUUGUUAAGAGUUUUUGCAGUUGCUUAAAAAAAAGGAAUCUAAAUAUAUUUAAAGAUGUGGCAUCCAAAUCAAAACUCAGCCUUAAGCACUUUAAUCUUCAUAUACGAGCAAUGAAGCUCGUUGCAGUUUCUGUCAUAACGGACUGUUAUUUUUAGUCAUGCAGCAGCCACUGGAGGGGGCACUUUUCCUUAAAAACUUGCAAACUGCCUCUUUAACUUCAUGGUGCUCCAUAAUGUCUGAAUACUUUUUCCCAAAGCAGUUUGACAGGAAAUAUUUUUCAGCACGUUUUCAGUGUUGUGCAGUUCCUUUGCACAUUACCUUACUGUCAGUGUUCAUUCAGUUGUUUUCCUCUAUUUUUUAAGUGUUGCUCAUGUGUUUCUUUGAUUGAACAUGCAUAUAUGAACUUUUGUUUGUUGUGGAUUUUUUUUUCUGUUUUGAUCUUUAAGUUUUCACUGGAAAAUUAGGAUAUGAGUGAUCUCCGAGGCUCAUCAUGAAUGGCAUGCUGGUACUGCUUGGUGGCACAUAACUGCACGUAGAAAUGAUUGUUUAUUUUGGAAUAUUUUAUUUUGGUCAGCUUUAUUUUGGGCCACAAAUCGAAGUUGUUAUUCUGGAACAAAAUAGGAAUAUGCCUAUUUUCCCACAAGGGAGUCUUGGGAGACAGAAAAUUUGAUCCAACCAUCUUAUGUAUUUUUACUCAUGUUUGGACUGAGACAACAAUGUGAGGACUACAGGUAGUAGUUCUGAUUGAUUUCAAAGAUAGAUAUCAAAUGGACUGAUUUUGUUUUAACCCUCCUCUUGCGUAGUCUAGGGUGAGUUUAUUUAAAGCGACCCUUGGGAUGCACAUAGAAAUGAUUAAUAACCUCAAUACACACUUACCUUGAAGGCAGAGCACGUAGGCUCUCUCACCAGCUUUAUUUUUAAUGCAAACAUAAGAACUGAGAUAUAACGUGUAUGAUUUUCUUCCGAGACAUUACCUAGAGGCAUAUCGUUUUACAUCAACCUUUAACAGAACUGCACAGCAUGAAAGUAAAAGCAGCUAUUCUAAAGUAUAUUAAGGUGCUGUGAACCUGCAGUAUGCUAUGCAGAGCAUUUUCCUUUGCAGUCAGAUCUUCUGCAGCCUUGAUGAACAUCCUUACACAAAAGGUGUUUUUAAAAAAAUGCAUUCCUGCAUUUGAGACCUUUUACAUCAGCAGUGAGGUCAAAUAUCCUGUUUUUUUCCACUAAAAGCUUCAUAUGAUUGUUGUUGACUGAUCACACUUUUUCUUACUACUCAGUGCCAUAUUUGUGAUUUCUACAUACUUCUGAUUAUAACUUUUGUUUCAUGUGUACUCCUGAUUCUGGUAAAAAAAAACUGGAUGGUGACAAAUUGUAAAUAUAUAUCUGAAUAAAUGUGGGUCUUUGUUAA